AGAAUCCCGCUGUUAUCAUAUACUGGAUCCGUAGCUGGAUCUUAAUGUAGCCCAUAGAUCUCGUAAUGCGCAUGCGUUUAUACUUAUGACCGAAGCCACAGAUUGGAAGGCUCAUGUCAGUCAAAGUUUCGAAUGUUAUUCAAGCACGUGUUUAUCGUAUUUGUACUUUCAUUCUUAUCGCGUAUAUAAAUAUAGUAUUCAUAAAACUUAAAAAUGACGCUUAAAUCCAUAGAAGAAAAACAAGAUUAUAUGAAUAAUUUAAAAGAUGGACUCAUUGAUUUUGUCGCUGGUUCACUCGGUGGAAUAGCAUUAGUAUAUGUUGGUCAACCAUUGGAUACAGUGAAAGUAAAAAUGCAAACAUUUCCAUCGAUAUAUAAAGGAAUGAUUAAUUGCUUUGUAAAAACAGUAAAAACAGAUGGAAUAAUAAGAGGUUUAUAUGCAGGAACUAUGCCUGCUGUUGUAGCUAAUGUAGCUGAAAAUUCAGUAUUAUUCACUGCUUAUGGUGGAUGUCAGAAAGUUGUUUCUAAGAUAUUAGGUAAAGAGAAAGUCGAGGAUCUUAGUUCACUAGGCAAUGCAUGUGCUGGAUUUUUUGCCGCGUUCUUUUCUUCGUUAACAUUAUGCCCAACGGAACUUAUAAAGUGUAAAUUACAAGCAAUGCAUGAAGUGCAAAGUCAAAUGGAUAUAGCAAACAAAGUUAUGGCACGAAUAGGACCAUGGGAGUUGACAAGAAAUAUUCUUAAAGAACAAGGUAUAAGAGGUUUAUUUGUGGGGCUAACAUCGACCAUAGUCAGAGAAAUGCCAGGUUAUUUUUUCUUUUUUGGUGGAUAUGAAGUUACAAGAGAACUCUUAGCAAAACCAAAUCAAAAGAGAGAUGAUAUUGGUUGGCAGAAAACAAUGGUAGCUGGUGCUGUUGGUGGUACGGUUCUCUGGCUUGUAAUUUUUCCGGCAGACGUAGUUAAAAGUAGAAUACAAGUACAAAAUCUAAAAACACCUGCCUUAGUAGUCAUGAAAGAUAUUAUAAAACAGGAAGGAAUUGGGGCAUUGUAUAAUGGCCUAAAACCGACUUUAAUAAGAACAAUACCAGCGACUGCAACGUUAUUUAUAACUUAUGAAUAUACUAAAAAGCUAAUACACAGAUUUGUUAAUAAUUAACUUUCUUUUAUAUCAUUCCUAUUUGUUAAUGUAUGUAUAUAUAUAUAUAUAUAUGUGUGUGUUACUACAUCAGGAUAUAUUAAAAGAGAACAAAUGAAGAAUAAUAAUAAUAUACAGAAUAUACUGCUUAACUUGAUCAUCUCAAAAUAUCUCUAAUGUUUUAAUUGAAGUAGCAUAUUUCAUAUCAUAUAAGAUUUAAAAAAAUCUUUUUUCAUUUCAGUGUCUUAGACAAUUUUAUAAUCAAAAUUAUUAUGGGAAAACAUUUAGUCAAAAUUAAUGAUAAUUACUUAGUACAAUUUUAUGUAUAUAUAAAAUAUGUGUAUAGUAUUAAAUUUCGAAAGUUUUGUGAUUUACAGAAAAUCUAUGAUCCAGAGUAAUACUAUUAUAAAUAGUAGAAUCAUUAGAAAAUGCUGGAUUGAAAUUUUUAAAAAUGUUAAUAAUGCAGAAAUGAGAUAUCAUGAUCUUGAAAUCAUAUACUUCUUUUCUUUUUAUUUAUAACAAAGAAUUAAAUAUAUUCUAUUUAAAGAUUUUUACUACUUAUUAAUGUAGAACACUUUCUAUAAUUUUAAAAAUCAUAGGAACGAUUAUGUUUAGAAAAAAUUAUUUCUUAAUACAUGGUGUGAUACAGGGUUUAUUUUAUAAUAUGCUAUAUGUUUCAUAUAUAUGUGAACACAUGGAAUUUCAUAUAUAUGGAAACACAUGGAACACAUCAUAAAAAUAGAACACAUGGAAUUCAGUUGCUAAGAAAUGAUCGAGUUUAUAGUAAAUGAACAUUAUAUUAAACAAUAGGUCACAUAUUAUAAAUAUAGUAUUAAGCAUAACAUUAUUAAUGUAACAUUAAUUUUUCAAUGAAAUUAAAUUUGUAUAAAGAUAAGAUAAAAAUAGAAAAAAUACAGUUUAUGCAUUUGUUAUAAGAUUUUUCAAAUAUUUCUCUUUCUCUGUUAUAUUUGUAUAUUUCAACCACUCAUCACCUCUUAUCUAAAAUAUAAUUCACAAAUUUUAUUUUAUAUUAAAAUUAACAAUUUGCAUCAAUGUAAUCAUUUUCUUGAAUAUAAUGUUAAACUUACUAGAAUAGGUGUGUAUCCAAUAUGUUUCAAUUGCCUUAGUUUUGCCAUUAUAAUACCUGUUGGUUUAUUAGUUUCUCUAAGCAUAUGCUUAUAAUGUAUUAUGACAAGUGCUAUCCAUUUUACAUUUUUUGGAAAUGUAUCAUUUAUUUUCUUGAUGUCAACAUCAGGUAUUUUUGAUAAAAUUGAUUCAGCUGAGAUGAAAUUCUGAUUUUCAUCCAGACCAAAUAUAAUAUGAUUUUGUAGAAAAUGAGGUAAUAUUCUACCAGUAUAUAAAUUUAUAUCAUUUACAAUGAUUUCCUAAUAAUAAAUUAUUGUAUUAUAGUAUCAUUUAUACACAGUAAUUUUUUCAUUGAAAUACAAGUGUAGGCAUACCUUCAAGACAUAUACAACAUCAUUAAAUAUCUUGCGUACUAUGGAGUUAGUGUCCUUAUCCAUUUUCGCCCAUUGUCGCUAUUAAAAAUGCAAACAUUAUUAAAAUGUAAUUUAUUAAUAUAUAUUUUAUUUAUACACAUAUUCUAAGUUUUAUAUA